AUGGCCAAACACCCUCAUUCAUCCAUCACUUUCCUUAUAAUCGUCCUCCUCAACGUUGUGUUCUCAACAAGCAUUGCAUCGGGCCGCGAAAUUCCGGUCGGCGAUGCGAAAAACCUGGACGGCAAGAAACUGCACCCGGAAUCCUUCAUUGGUCAUGACGGAAGCGUCCUGGUGCCCGGCGUGGGCAGGUGGAUGUUCCCGAAGCCCGGAACUCACUUCAACCCAAUCACCUACAACCCCGUCACCGGGACUAACGGCGGAAAUGGCGUCAGCAUUCCCGGACUUGGUGGCGGCUCAUCCACCGGAAUCGGGUAUGUUCCCGGUGGUGAUGACACAUUUGUGCCCAACCCGGGUUUUGAAGUGCCUUCUGCUGGCGGAAGCGUUCCCGUGCCUUCAACCCCUUGA